UAUUUGUUUUAUCUAUCAGGAACUGUAGAAGUAUUGAAAAUAAACCCAGAACUGUCAAUGUUUAGUAAUUUUCCACCAAAUGAUAUGCCAGCUUCACAUACACCAAAUGUUUUCCUCAGAAAUCGUCGAUAUCCCGAAAAAAGUUCUGAGACAGAUGCUGAUGAGGAAUUCGAAGGAGAUAUACCAACAGAUAUACCGACAAAAGAAUCGCGAAUUAUCACAAGCGCUGGCGACGAUCCGCGUUCUGUCACAUUAUUAAAAAGCUUGGCUUUAAAAUGCGAAUGUCGUUCCUGUAAUGAUAAAUACGCAUCUACUGUUCAUACUGAACAACAUACUGAGACUGAAUCUUGGAGUUCGCCCGGGAUAGAAAACGCAAAAAAAUGGAAAUCAAUGAGUCAUCGCAAAUUCGUCGAUACGAGUUCUGAAGAUUUGGAUUCGUCAGAUUAUAACGUUAUUAAUUAUAGCAAUGGAAAAACAAACAAGAAGACUAAUGGACCAAAUCUGGCGAAUCAUAUUACGAAACCAUCCCAGAUAAUUAAUCACACAAAAAUGAAAACUUAUCAAACGACUAAUUUCACAUUUUUCAAUGUAUUUUUCGAUAUUGUUUUCUGGCCCUUCGUUUUUCUUCGCGCAAAACAAUGAUAUCACUACGAGAUAUUGUAUUACAAAUUCAUAUUACAUAUUAUUACAUGACUUGUUAAUACUUUGACUCACCAUAAGCAAUAUUUUUUCACAAUAAUAACAAAAAACUUAAAAUAGUGAAACAAAAGAUUUGUAGAAUAAGAUCUACAAACUAAUUUAUAGAAAAACAACCGGUGUGAAGUUAGCGCCCAACUUUAUAAGAAAUAAAAAUGCUUAAUACAUUGUAUUUCGAUUGUAUCUCGUUUGUACCCGUUUGUACCACUUUUCUUUUCGUUUGUACCUCAAGGAGUAAAGAAAUAUUAAGGCACAAACGAAAUUUAAAAAUCUGUUAGUUUGGCGCUGGCCACUUUUUUAACCUCUUAUAACAUUUUACACCUUGAGGUACAAACAAAAAGAAAAGUGAUAAAAACAGGUACAAACAAAGUACAAUCAAUAAGUAUUAAGCAUUUUUGUUUUUUAUAAAGUUGGGCGCUAACUUUUCACCGGUAAAAACAUAUGCUUAAUUUAAAUUAUUUAUAAAACAGGUCAAAAAUAUAUUAUUAAAGAUUUAUUAUUACAUAAGACAUUUAUUGUUAAUGUCUUUUUAUUUAUUAGUAAGAUAAAAAUCUUGAAAAUAAUGAAAAAUGUAAGUAAAUUGUGUAGACAAGUCAUAUAAUAAUUGAUUCUUGUGCCAAAUUCUAUUAUUUCACUUACCAGCAGUAGUAGCAGUCGACAUAUUGCCCCACGUCAUCUGGAAAAAAAAAAUAUAUAUAUAUAUAUUAUAUAUAGACUCACUUGUCAUGAACUUUCUAUAUUUCUCUAUGAAAUAUCUGUUAUAUUAAUUUUCCAUGUUUUAUAUAUCACAGAAAUUUUUUUGCGAUUAUAAUUGAAAAAUAAAUAUAAUGCAUACAUACACGUAUAUACUUUAUAACAUAUGUAUGUAAUAACAUUUUAACAAAUUAUCAAAUGAUAAUAUCUAACAAGAUGCUUCACUCAUACAAUAUUUUAAUAGUAUAUUCUGGAGAUAAAAUAGAGUAUCCUAACAUAAAAAUGUCAAAGCUACAAUAGUUUUUUAAUUAUAAUUAAUCAAAUAAAGUUAUAAUGUCCCAUAAAAUAUAUAUGCUCAGACUCUAUUUCUAGCAACAUGGAUAUAAGGCUUAAAUCAUGUUCAAAACAUUAAAAACAUGUUUUAAACAAAAAAUGAUCUUUCAUUCUUCAAAAAACAUUUUUAUGUGUCUUUCAGUUAAAUAGUCUGAUUGAAAAUGGGUUUAAUUGCUACCAGUAAAAAUAAUGCAGUUAACAGAAGUAAAAAUUACUGGCAUUGUGUUUUGUUUCUUCCACCAGUCAAACCAAUAGAUAAUCCCAAAUA